UAGCUCUCAGUGUCUGCUUCUUUCAUUUUGUCUUUAAAUUCUUCCAAAGAUUUAGCGUCCAGUUUCUUCAGCUCUCUAAUACUGAAAGCUCUCAAAAAUGGCUUCCCUUAGCUUCACUGCUUUGAUUUUUGGUCUUUGUUUUUGGGUUUCUCUAACAUCACCUGCUCUCUCUCAGACCUGCUCAUCUCCGAAAUUCACCGGCAACGAUUUGUAUGCUCACUGUGUAGACCUUCCUACGCUCACUUCCUACCUCCACUUCUCCUACAAUUCCUCUAAUUCUACUCUUUCUAUUGCCUUCCUCGCUUCCCCUUCGUCGUCGGGUGGCUGGGUUUCGUGGGCUAUAAACCCGACUGGCACUGGAAUGUUUGGGGCUCAGGCGCUUGUUGGCUACAAGGAUUCCGCAGGUCCUAUGACUGUUAAAACGUACAACGUCAGCUCUGCCGCUUCGGUGGUGCAAUCCAAAUUGGCUUUUGAUGUGUGGGACGAACAGGCAGAGGAGGAUAACGGCGUCAUGAGGAUCUUUGCGAAAAUUAAGGUUCCGGCGGACUUGGCAGCGAAGGGGGUGGUGAAUCAGGUGUGGCAGGUGGGUCCCAGCGUCGAUUCCAAAGGGGUACUGACGCCACACCCCAUGCAGUCUCCAAAUUUGAACGCCAAGGGAACAUUGGAUUUGAAAGGAGGACAGAGUGUCGCUACCGGUGGAGUGGACUCCAAGACUAAAAAGAGAAAUAUUCAUGGGGUGCUGAAUGCUGUGAGCUGGGGAGUUCUGUUUCCAAUUGGAAUUAUAAUAGCACGUUACCUGAGACCUUUCCAGUCUGCAGAUCCAGCGUGGUUUUAUCUCCAUGUUUCUUGCCAGGUCUCUGCCUAUGCUAUUGGGGUUGCUGGGUGGGGUACUGGUUUGAAGCUUGGAAGUGAAUCAAAGGGCAUUCAGUGGACUGCUCAUCGGAAUAUUGGGAUCUCCCUUUUCUCUUUAGCAACGCUACAGAUUUUUGCAUUGUUCUUGAGACCGAAGAAGGACCACAAAUACCGAUUCUAUUGGAAUAUCUACCAUCACGGUGUUGGAUAUGCCAUACUUGUCCUUGGCAUUGUGAAUGUGUUCAAAGGUCUAGACAUCUUGCACCCUGAACAGAAGUGGAAAUCGACUUACAUAAUUGUGAUUGCAGUCUUGGGUGGGAUUGCUUUGUUGAUGGAAAUAAUUACUUGGAUAGCAGUCUUGAGAAGGUCUCAGAAAUCCACCAAGCCCUAUGAUGGAUACAACAAUGGACAAGGCAGGCAACAACCAUUCAAUGCAUGACCAACCAAUUUGAUAUUUGGUCUCCCUAGUAGAGAUAUGAUUUUGUAUUACCCUUUUCACAACUUGAGAUUCUACUAGGCCUACCUUCUUUUAGAACGCUUUCACUUCUCUUUUACUUGAUAUCUUGUAAAAUGGUUUGGCUUCACAUGAUACAGAUUUGUAUUUCACUUCCUCUUUUUCUGCUACUCCUAUAGUUAGGGUACAACACUUAGUGGCAUGUAUGUUUAAUGAACAGAUUUCUGAAGUGAAAUUAUUCAUGGUUUUUCUUCU